AAAAGUGAAAGAGUGAGUGUGGGUGUAGUUAUCGUUUUAGAGAGAGCAGGUUAGGAAUUAUUCCUCAAGGGCUUAAUUCAGUUUUCAAUCCUAGUUUAGUUAAGGUAGAUUCAUGAAUCAGUAAGAAGUUGGUAUGGCAACAUUUUCCUAAAUUAAUGCACCACUUUGAUUCUAGUUUGAAUGAAUGUAGCUGCAGUCUUUUUGUUUUGUUUGUGACUCUUUAAUGUACAUCUGUUUUUGUCCUUUUCAGCUAUAGUUAUUGCUGUUUGAACAUGUUUAUAAGAAGAGUAAAGAACUUCUCUGUCAGAUUUAGCAAAAGGAAGGUGUGUUAUAUUUUUCCUCACAUAUUUUAGGAUAGGAUGGCAUGUCUUACUAUCAGUGGUCUUUUAAAAUAAAAGAAAUAUGGUACAUGUCUUUGAAACCAGGGGUAUCUUGUAUUGGAUUAGGACUGGACCAAGUGACACUUUGUGCCAUUGAUUAUGUUUUAUUAGUUACAGGACGACAUGCUUUCUCAUGUUGAUGAGUUAGAAAACUGAAAAAUGACUGGGAGUUAUAAACAACACUGUCUCCCUUGAUAUUGACAGUUGCAGUUCUGGAAAGAAUGAUAGUCCUGAUGCAGUAAUCAUACUGGGAAUUAGGAGGAGUAUCAGUGUCUGUUCCUUCAAAUGUUUCUCUCCCAACUUUGUGAAGACUACACUGAAGUUUCAGAACAAAGAGGAGGAGAGGGCAGGAAUGAAAUCCACGUGAUGAUGCUUGCUUGGCAAGUGUUUGAGGUCUGAAUAGGGAAACCAACUGCUUACUAUUUUGGGUGAAUGAGGUUAGCUGUUACUGCAAGCAGCUUCAUUAAAGAAUCCUUCCAUCUGUCAGUCUGCAGAGUUGUGGAGAGCAAGACUCUCCUAUCUAACUUUUUAGUAUGUGUAUGAGCAUACAACUUUUCUUAAGGAAGGGAAGGGAUUUCUUUGCCUGAACAUAGUCCUGAUGAAACAAUAUGCUUUCACCAGAAGUUCACUGAUUCUUGUCUUCAGAUAUUGGCUCAGAUAUUGUUUGUAUCCAGUGUCUUCUUGAGCCCAUCGUGAGCCCACUUUCAAUCUGUGAAGUGGGACCCAAGAGUGAGGAAUCAACAGGACUCAAACCUUAGAAAUCGAUACCAAUUUUUAUCUGAGGAUUAAGCAUCUCUUCAGAAACUUGUAAGGAUAUUUUGGUUUUAGGAUUUUCUCCAUAAUGUUGGACAAAACCCAAACUCUACAGCCCGCUUAUGGUGGGAUUGUGCCAUUUGCAGAGAUUGUACCAAAGGAAGGAAAGACCAUAGGCUUGGGUCAUGACUCUUACCACAGCCUGCGAGAAGUGCUACAGUUGAAGCUCCAGCAGCGAAGGACACGGGAGGAGCUGGUUAGCCAAGGGAUCAUGCCUCCACUGAAAAGUCCAGCUGCAUUUCAUGAACAGAGAAGGAGUUUGGAACGGGCCAGGACAGAAGACUACCUAAAACGUAAGAUUCGGUCCCGGCCAGAGAGAUCAGAGUUGGUGAGGAUGCAUAUUCUGGAAGAAACCUCCGCUGAACCUUCCCUUCAGGCUAAGCAGCUGAAAUUAAAGCGGGCCAGGUUGGCUGAUGAUCUCAAUGAAAAAAUUGCUCAGCGUCCUGGUCCUAUGGAGUUGGUAGAGAAGAACAUUCUGCCUGUGGAAUCUAGUCUGAAGGAAGCGAUCAUAGUAGGUCAAGUGAAUUACCCUAAGGUAGCAGACAAUUCUUCCUUCGACGAGGACAGCAGUGAUGCUCUGUCUCCAGAACAGCCAGCCAGCCAUGAAUCUCAGGGGUCUGUGCCAUCCCCAAUGGAAGCACGUGUUGGCGAGUCAUUUUCUGCUGCCGCAGUGGCUUCUCCUGCUCAGGUUAUCUGUCAGUUAAAAAUCAGCACAGACUCCAAUGAGACUCCUUUCCUUUCUGAACAGCCGCCAACCUCCCUACCACCACCACCACCGCUGAUGCCUCCUAAUCUCAUGAACGGAAUUGCUGCUCCUGCUGCCAAACCACUUCCAACCCUUAUAAAGCAAAGCCAGACCAAGUCAUCUUGUGAAAAGACCCAGCGUAGCAAAAAAUCCAAGGAACCGAAACCGAAAGUCAAGAAGCUGAAGUAUCACCAAUAUAUUCCACCGGACCAAAAGCAGGACAAGGGAGCACCUCCAAUGGAUUCAUCUUAUGCCAAAAUACUGCAGCAACAGCAGCUCUUCUUGCAGCUCCAAAUCCUUAAUCAGCAGCAGCAACAGCACUACAACUAUCAAACCAUCCUACCAGCGCCACCAAAGCCUCCAGGAGAGCAGCAGAAUGGCAGUAACGCUCCACCUAUGCGUAGUCUUUCAGCUACUGGUAGCUGCACCUCUUCUGUUUCUUCCAGCGCUAAUGGGUUGAUGCGACAAAACAGCAAUGUUCCUAUGACCAAGCCAGGAGCUCUCCCUGCUAAUCUUGAUGACAUGAAGGUGGCAGAGCUGAAGCAGGAAUUGAAGAUGAGGGCACUGCCUGUGUCAGGUACCAAGAACGAUCUAAUUGAGAGGCUCAAGGCUUAUCAAGAGCAGAAUGGUACAGCUAGCCGAGCAGUCGCUGCUCCAAAGCCCAAUGCGGCAAUUCUCCCAAAGGCUACUGAGGUGGUGGUCGCUUUUCCAGCCCCUAGGCUGAGUACAGGGCCUGCGCUGGUCGGCACAGGCAUUACGUCAGCAGAGGUUGUCAUGGCCACAGUCAGUGGCAGCAGUGUGAUGAAGUUUGGUAGCACAGGUUCAACGCCUCCUGUGUCACCCACUCCCUCGGAGCGCUCACUAAUGAGUGCUGGGGAUGAGAAUUCAACCAGUGGGGAUGCCUUUGGGGAGAUGGUGACUUCUCCUCUCACUCAGCUCACCUUACAAGCUUCGCCAGUGCAAUUUCUGGUGAAAGAAGAGAGCUCCAAAAGCAGCACUUGUAGUGCAAAUCUGGUGUCAAAGGCAGAGUCCUGUAUUAGCAGCAGCAGCAGACAAGAUAUGGAGGUGGUCCAGGAUAAAGACCAAAUGCUUCAGGAGAAAGAUAAACAAAUUGAGGAGCUCACCCGCAUGCUGAAACAGAAGCAGCAGCUGGUGGAAAUGCUGAGGCUGCAACUGGAAAGAGAAAAGCGGUCUCAGCAGCCACCGUCUGCUACAGUUGUUGGAGAAGAGGGUACAGCUGCAGUCCCUGAGCCAUCUGUGUUUGGUACCCAUGUUAAGAGUGAAAAAGGCUUUAUGAGUUGCCAAUCUGUGGGGCAGCCCAACUGCCAAACUGACCAAUUAAAACCCACACAGACCGUAAGCCAAAUGGACACCUCAGAUACAAGCUCAGUGCCAAAGAAAGCCGUAAUGGUGAAGCAGGAGGUGCCAGCUGCGGAGACAGAGCCACCGUUGUGCCAGACCUCAAGUUUUUUCCUUGGCCAGCAAGGUGGGGGCUUCCGAGACCUCAUCAAGGGAGGCCCUCCCCCAACCCUCAUCACAGAUUCCACUGGCACUCACAUCGUCCUCACAGUGACCAGUCAGAAUGCAGAGAGGCAGGGCCUUUCACCUCAGGACAAAGCGGGGAGCAGCCCAUUGCCAUUGACGAGAGUAUCAUCUCCAUCAGCAAAAACAUCCAGCCAGCAACCUGUAAACAGCUCCCAGACAUCUCUGCAGACAGUGCCAAGUGAGGCCAACAAAAAGGGUCAGAAGCUAGGUCUGCAGAUGGUCAGUGGACAAUCUCCUCAGGUGGCCUUGUCUUUUUCUGCACCUCCCAACUUACAACCCUUCUUCUUGAAUGGCUUCCACAAAGGACCUCUGAAAACCAGCGUUCCCAGCAAAACUGGCCAGUCCAGUAGACCGAAAAAGCUUAUCUCUCAGCCAGGCUCUCCAUCUUCUCCAUCUCCUUCCCAACUGGACCUUGAGCAGCAGAACCUGUCCUUCUUUGGUACUCCUCCACCUCUGUCUCUACCUUCCACCUCAGUUUUGAUGAAAGAACCACCAGGUUAUGAAGAAGCGGUGAAGCAGCAACCAAAGCCCCCGGAGGUGAGGGAAGCCUUCAUAAACUGGGGAAGGGAGAAUGGCUGUUCAAGUCAACAGAUGGAUGACCUAUUUGACAUUUUAAUUGAACAUGGAGAGAUUUCAGCUCAGUUCAAGGAGCAGUCUUCCCCUGCAAGAAAAGACACUGCGGUUUCCCCAGGGUGCCCCUCCUCAUCCAGCAGCCACCAUUCCUCAGAGCUCCCCCUGCCAGUGUCCAUGGGCCAGACCACCUCUGCUAAUCCCACCCCAGCGGGCAGGCUGGAAGACUUCUUGGAGAGCAGUACCGGCCUCCCCUUGCUGACCGCCAGCCCUGAUGGACCUGAGCCUUUGUCCCUCAUUGACCUCUACAGUGAGAUGCUAAGCAGUUCAGCCAUCCUGGACCACCCAUCUUCACCUAUGGACACAUCAGAAUUGCACUUUGCCCCUGAGCCUCCUGGAGGACCAAGCCUGGAUCUGGCAGAGGCCAACCUGGACAGUAUGGAUUGGUUGGAGCUGUCAGGAGGUCCAGUGAUGAGCCUCACUCCCCUCAGUACUGCAACACCUAGCCUCUUCUCCACAGACUUUCUCGAUGGACAUGAUCUGCAGCUGCAUUGGGAUUCUUGCUUAUAGUGUGCAGAAGAGCUUCCCAGGUGUGUGUAGAAUAUGGGUUGGGGCUUAAGUCAAAAUUGCAUCUGAAGAAAACCCUUCGUCACCAUUUUGACCAGCUUUUGUGAAGAUAAAGCCAAGAGUAAGUACCAGGGAGUCUUCUGAAUGAAGAUUCAACCUUAGGCAAGCAACCACCUUUCUCAUGACCAGUGGCGGCAUGAGACAGCCCUUUUCUCAAACCAUCAGUGGCAGCAACAGACUUGUAAUGGCAUGUUGGAGGCUUUCAGCAUGGAGUACUUCUCUUCCAAAGUUAGCCAUCUGUCUGGGGCUUAGGUCAAGGCAAUUCAGAAAAACUGGACCUUUCUACUCAAAUCUGGCUAGUUAGGAAGUUCUACAGAAAAGUUGGAAAAAUUAGUGUGGACAUGUUUCAAAAGAUUCCCUUAGAUGUAGGGCACAGAGGAUCCAGAUAAAUGCAGAAUUGGGGUUCUACUAGUUGCAAUUAUAUGCUGGACACCCCCAGUAAAGUGUAGGUGCUUUCUGGCUAGCAAAAAUGUAAAGCCCAUGUUAUGUGCCAGACCUUAGAUAGGAAGCACUUUCUCUUGGCUUCUUGCGGAUUCGUGCAUGCAGUCCUUAUUCCUGGCUUGGCCCAGCUAAAAAAAGACAGGUGACUACCUAGAUUGUAGUAUCUCACCUGGCUAGUAUUCAUUUUCUGAGCAUUGAGCUGGCCAUGAAUCAAGACAGCUGCAUAUCAGGGAUGCAUUUGCAGCCUCCCAGAAUUACUUUGCUGUCUCCUCUUUUUUAGCCCUGCCUGUGAAACCUAGUUGCCUAGAUCCUGCUGUUUUGAAGAGAUGGAGGUGUGGGAAGUCUUGAUCUUUUGGUGAACUAACAUCUUGGCAGCACUUGGUCAGUAUGCUGCUGUUCUGAGUGCUUUUGCUCUACAUAGAUUUCCUUUCAUCUGCUCCUCCCACAGCUUUCCUGCAUCUGAAGUGUACUUUCCUCUGUGCUCAAGAUUGGUGUCGCAGGGAAGCUUGGAGUGAGGAGGCGGCUACACAGAAGGGGCUGUGGUGGCACUUCUAGUUGGAGCAGCUCAGUUAAUGGUAACUCUAUAGGAAGCAGUUUUACUCAAAAAGGGCUUCAGAGAACAUGAGCACCACAUUCUCAAGGCAGAAGCCUUUAGUGCUGCUUGCCAAGGAGUUGCAUAUUUCAUUGCACAGAGGAACAUUUCUGUAGCCAUAAUCCUUGCUGCUGUGAAGGAUGGUUCUAAACAACAGUCUUGCCUCUUGAUACUAGGGUUUCAUUUAUAGAUGGUAAAAAAUUCUGUAUAUAGCGCUGUAAAAUUGUUUUGUUUUAGAAAGAAAAGGGAGUUUAUCCACCUAGUUAGAAGGGGGAACUUCGUUUUUGCUCCUCUUCUUCUGUAAUAACCUGUUGGGGAGCUGCUAUUUUAGCCUGUGGUAUGGGGCAGGGGAGGACUUGAUCCUCACACUGCCAGUUUUAGCCUUAUUGCACAUGUCACUCAAAGGAAGUCAUACUCCUAUCAUUCUUUCCCCUUUUCCCCAUUAAAAAACAUGUAGUUAUGCAUCUGCUGGCACCGCCUUCCUUUCCACAGAGUGAGGGAAUGGGUUGCUUUCUCUUGUUUCACAAGAGUCCCUUCACUUCCGUUUCCUUUACACAUUAUGGAAACUGUAACAGAUCAUAUCAUAUGAUAAAUGGACUGAUCCUCAAGAGACUAUUGCAGUUAUGUGAUUAGCUGUUGCCCUGAAAUAGCCACUUGCAUGUGAAGCUUAUUUCGUUCAGUUUUUAUAUUUAAAAAAAUCAUUGUUUUCUUUGUGGAAAUCAGGUUGUUACAGUUGCUGAAGGUGUAUCUUCCGUAUUGUCUCUGGUACCUGCUACUGAUAAUAUCAAUCACUUGGUCUGUGGCUGACUUGGAAAGUUGAUGCUAGACUUGUGAUUGUUCACUGUGCAGAAGAAUUGUGUAUAAGAGCAUAUUUCACUUUUGAAAGGUGUGAGAGCACCUGGGUUAGUAAAAGCUUUCUGUUUCUCUUGUCACACCAAGGGCCACCUUCGAAUGGCUUCAGUUUUUGAUAGUUAUUGGUUAAGUCGGGUCACCUUUAUCACCAGAAUGGUUUGUGUGGAAAGGUGCUAUUAACAAGAACUGCCUGGCUUUGAAAAAAGAGAAUGUUAUAGUUUAACUCUAGUGUACAAUUAUGACAAGACUGCAAAAACUUUUACCAACUACUAAUGUUAACCUAAAAGAUGCCAGACAUAGUUUGGAAGCACUGCCUGUUGUAGGGAUAUUACUCUUUUAUGAAAUGGGAAAUUAAUGGGGAGUACACUAGAGUCAGUUUUUCCUAGUGUAUCAGAUAGUAGCUCUGCUUUUUAAAAUGUAUUAUCUGAAUUCUUUUAUACCCAACACAGUAAAACAGGCACCUAAGGAGCCACCUCUAGUUUGAAUGUACUUAUUCUUCCGCUGAUAACCACUAUUUGUAAUAACCUAUAUUUGAUUAACACGCACACUUUCUUCCACUAUGCAUCAAUGAAAAAGGUUAUCAGCACCAGUGGAAAGCCGAGGCAGUGUUGUAGUAUUGGACCUAGAGUGAACAUGCAACUGGAAAAGGGUAUGGAAUGAGCAGAUAUUUGGGGAGAGAAUGGAUAAAUCAAAUUAUUUUUUCAGUUACAGAUAUUUGAAAAAUCCAUUUUAUUAAAAAAAAUUGUGUUCUAA